ACACACAGAGCUUCACUCUGGAGGAGGAACAUCUACACGGUGGGUUGGUCAACCUGGAACGGAGGGAUCCCCCCAACCCCCCUACUAUUUACCAACAACAGGCGUCUAUUUCCGAACACUGUACCGUCCUGGCACACGGACCUGCUCUGAAAAGAACCUUCACUCUACCUCGACGAAAUAAAUGUCAAGAGAAACAACGCAAGAGCCAACAGAUAAGGAUCGCUGCUCAGAAGAAGUGGCGAGAAAUACGAAGAGUCGGACCAACACGUAGAGACAAACAGGAAAAGCGCACGGGUCGUGUCCGCUGUCUUUCUCAAUGCAUACUCUUUGUGCCCGAGGAACCAUGAAGCCUGAGAUCAGCGCCGCGGUGACGUUUCUGUCGAGAUUUCUGAGGGUAAAAGGACACGUAAACGAUCGACAGGUCCAAACAUUCAACCAAAGCUUACAGGACAUUUUGUCAGAGCAAUAUCAGCACCACUGGUUCCCAGACAGGCCAUGCAAGGGUUCGGGCUACAGAUGCAUCCGUAUCAACCACAAGAUGGACCCUCUGGUGGGGCAGGCAGGCCAGCGCAUCGGCCUGACCAUCCAACAGCUCUACUCGCUGCUGCCCAGUGAGCUCACACUCUGGGUGGACCCCUUCGAGGUCUCCUACCGCAUCGGAGAGGACGGAUCCAUCUGCGUCCUAUACGAGUCAACACCCUGCCCCGUGGGAAUGCCUGCAAUGUCCUCUGCCAUGUCCCCCUCAGGAAACGGGUCUGGGGGCCCAAUGGUGGACAGUCACAGCAGCUGCAAGGAGGAAAUGAUGGUGAUGGGCAGAACCAGUCCCUCCAAAUCCUACAAUAUGAUGACUGUGUCCAGUUAAAGAGGCACACCGUCACCCCGGCCUACUUUUGUUCAGGGUCAUGCCGUGGCUGGUCAGGUCAUGUGGCCAGAUUCAGGGUGAGCCUUUUUGAAGCAAGAAUAUGAAAUGAAAUAGUGAAAGAAGAGAAAAGAAAAAAAAACAGGAUGUGGCCUAUCGUCCAGGUGAUGGAAACCUUUGUUCUAAAUUGUCCCCCUCCCCCCCCAUUAUCAUCCGUUCUGUUGUGUCAUUGGAUCAGUUGACCACUCCGGUUUUUAAGGAGAGGCUUUGUGGAAAUGGAACUGUUGGGGCAGCUAAACCAACCAACCAGGAACCCCCCCCAGCUCCAUCUCUGAAGGGGCUUCAUCGACUUUGCACUUUCUUACUUGUGGUUAUUAUGGGUACAUGUUCAACACACGGAACAACACCAAAACCUAAAUUGUAAGGCAUUAAUAUCAGGAGCUAGCCCUUGAAUUUCAAAAUCCAGAAGUUAUUCAAUUUGCCGUUUUCACUUGUUAUGUUUCCUGGGCGGGGAGGAAGUGUGGUUUUCGACUGAACCGUUUACAGUCCAAGCUCAAGAUAAAGAAAGUCCCAUGAGAGUAUCUCUAUUUUCUAUAAGACCCCCUUUUUGGACCACAGGGAUUUAGUUUCUUUAUCUUGUAGCUGGAAAGAGGCGUUUGGUCUUAACUUUGCCCCCUCCCCAUUUCAUCAACAUCGAACCCCAGAACAAUUUCAUCUCAACGUUCUCUCAGUAUGUCAGAACGAGUGGACUGUGUUGUGAAACCUGUGGGCACCAGUGUGUCCUGUUGCACUGUCGCCCCCCCCCCAUCAUCCUUCUAUGUGUAGCUUUCCGGGGUAAAGGCAGGGGAUCCAUUUCCUCCCCCGCUCCCCCGAGUUAAUGAAUGUUGUUGAAAAUCACAAUAGAGUUCCUGUGUUGUUAAUUUUGCCCCCUUUCCUCAUAUCACUUUAUCUCCUGCAUUGCCAAAAUUCAUGCAUUGCCAAAAUUCAAAGUGUAGCAAAAUGUGGGCUAUUUAACCCAAACUGCGGUCAUGUGGCCCUGUUAGAUUUGACAUUGAAUGCACUUUGACGUGAGAUUGUGUGGGAUGUGUACUUUUUAGAGAAAUCGCCUGCAUUCCAUCCAUUCGAAUGUCAUCUUUUCACCGCGUUUUUAUUGCCCUCUCGCAUUUUUUGCCGUUUGUUCAUACUGUAGCUCCCACGUUGGGAUAGACUGAUGUCUAUUAAAUCGGGAGUGUGCAUCUCUGGAUUUCCAACCCUUUUUUUUUUUUACACUGUAUUUGUGAACAUUUCAGAGCUUUUGAUUUUAGGUGGAGAGUACUUUUGGUGGUAUGUUAGAAACCUUCUGUCAUCCGUUCAUAUGGCACUGUUUGCUCUGACAGGAUGCAGAGCCAAGCAGCCCCCCCUCCCCCCUAGACACACACACAGAUGGUGAUUUGAGCUGCUCAUAGAAGAAAAAAUAAGUAAAUCUGAAAGGUCUGGACUAAGUGAUGAAUGUGACUUUGGCCAAAGGGAGGUCUGUAGCACCGACUGUUCAGAGAUUCAUUUUAACUUAAAACGCCAGGCCUUGUCAACCUUCUAUUUUAACGUGCGAUUUCCAAGGUCUUGUAAAAGGAGAGACGUAACCUCAUGUGUGCAUUGCCUUACGAAGACCUUGUUAUGAAUUAUGAGCCAUUUGUGAUUUUUAAACAAACGUUAGCCAGUCCUGCCCGGACCCUCACUUGAGGUGUCCAAUUCCAGCCUGGCAGCUUCCCACCUUCCCGCUCCUCCUGGUGUGGGGGUGAGUGCCUCAAGUGCCACAUAUCACCUCCUAGCUCAGACCUCCUGCUCAGCCAAUAGCCAGCAUGCUGCUAGCCGACCCCAUGUGGAUGCGGGUAGACGUAAUGUGACACAUAUCAUCAUCAUCCAUCGCUGUGGGGGGCUGGGUAAGGAAGGAAGGUGGGGAUGGGGAGCUGGUGUGAGAGAGGGGGGGCCAGGGCCGGACUCUUUUUGUCCAGGGCAGCUAAAAUCCCUCCAGCCCCCUCUCUGGACUUAUUCCACAUCCCCCACCAAGCCCUUGACCCUCCCUCAGCAGUGAUGGAUACAAAUAAAACUAAAACCAGCACACGCACUUGGCGUGCUCAAGCUGCACUGGGGUGGGGGUGGGGGGGCCAAGUGAGAGACGCGGAAACAUGGAUCAAAGAUGAAGAAUCGAGGGUACUAGACCAUUGUUUUCAUCUCACUGGAUUGCGCUGCACUUGCUUACUGAGUUUGAGUAGCAACUUUGUUUACAUGCAUAUGAAAGGGUGUGAUGGCUGUCUGACGUACCCCCACUUCACUCCCGGUUUGGGGGUCCGAGAGGGUAACGGCGAGCUGAAACAGAUGCUGUGGCGGCUUCUGGCCUUAGCCGCUGGUCGAAUAUGUCACGGCACUGAUUCUCCGCUCAACACCAGACCUAUGGGUGUUUAAGCUCCCCCUAAGCUCGAGAUGAUCAUGGGUAAUAGAGCUAUAGCCUUUGACGCACUGCAACCCCUAACCCAACCUCCCCUGUUCUCUGUUGAUAGUCCCUUCAGCAAUCUGUGAAAAGCAGUGAUUCCAUGUUAGCCAGAUGGAGAGGAGCUUGCUGGGAUGGGAGCCCAGAGCUUCGGUUUCCCUGGUGGACGCCAGUUUUAAAACCACGCUGCUCCAUAAUAGCUUUUUUUUAUGUCAUGUGACAAGAUGUUUUGAGAUUGGUCUAUAUUUCCGACGCGAGAUGAUCGUCUCGUCUCUUUUCUCUCGAUGUAUUUUAUGGUCACACUGGUAGAUUUUCUCAUCUUUUCCACUCUGCCAUCCCAUGUAUCCCCCAAUUUUUAGUCUGGUGAUCCAACCCCCUUUUAACAGAUCUUGUUUUAGACCUACAAAAUAAAAAAGAUUCAACCCAAAUCCUAUUCGACACCUUCUACCACCACCCAAAAUGGUUUAAGUCCUCAGUAAUAUAUUAUUUCAAUGGCAUCCAUUCAGCUUGUGCGCACAUAGGUUACAGAAAUGUCGUGAGAGUGCUUUGAGUAGUCAGAGGUAAAAUAGCACAUAAAAUGCACUAAAUGUCAAGUUGAAGUUCAACAUUUGUGACAUUUUUUUUGAGACACGAGGAGUCUCUUGGAAUGUAUUGCCAAACUCAGGCCUCAGACAUUCAAUAAAUACCCUUGUGGAGGAGUUGUGCAUGUUAAGACAUGAAACCGGAAGGGAACAGCAGUUUAGUUUUUGAUGUUGUCGUCAAACUUGUCAUCGAUUAGUUGAAUUAUUGCCACUUUCACAUUUGAGGUGUUUUACAUAUUGUAGAAUGUAUUGUAACUGUACAACAUAUGGUGGAGUACAUAACAUUACACAUGGGAAGUGCCAAUAAUUGCUAUCCUGAGGUGUUUUUAGAUUUAUUCCUUUUUGUAUUUCAUCUUUUAACAUGGAUAAUGCUUUUCGUAAGUGAAGCCAUUUGUGAUGGGAGUGUUGGCAAGGACCAAAGUUGUUUGGUAAAAAAAUAUUAGUUUCCAUGAUCUAUAAGUGUAGACGUAUCCUUUGUUUUUUUUCUUUAUUUCUUUUCAGUUUUUUUCCUUUUUUUUUUGUUGCUAUUUACAUACAAAAACCAGAAAAUAGACAAAAAAAUCUGAGCUUACCCAAGAAGAAAAGCUGUCUAUCUUGUGAUCUCAUGUCAGUACAUCUUUAUUGUGUUCAGUUUCUUUUCCUUGGGUAUGUUGUGAUGAACUGCUGUAAAUUUGUACAGUUCAUGUAAAUUGAUUGUGCGGAAGUUGUACAGAUUUCUAUAUUUUGGAAGAAAAGUUUUUUUUCUCUGUAAUAAAAGAUUUCCUAUCUUGGCAUCAUA